AUGCUGUUAUUAAUUUUUUUGACGCAGCCGUUAAUUGACAGAAACGUAAAAGUUCGGUUAGGAACCAAACAACUUGGGAGUCUAAAACACCUCAAUGCUAGGGGUGACUUCUAUGUGCUUGCAAGUAUUAUCCCUGUUAAUGAAGGAUUUAGUGUAGCACUUUGCACAGGCUCUGCGCCGCGGAGUGCCGCAAAUUGUACCAUUGCCUAG